UUAGUCUUACACCCUUUGCAUAACCAAUUUUUUUGUUUAAACGCCUUUUAGUAUCUUCUUCGCAUUCUAUAUUCUCAUUCUUUGGGGGUUUCAGUUAGAAACGCAGAAACCAAAUCAAUCAGCCUCUCUGCUAUGGCUGUCAAUGGAGAACAGUCGCACCAAUCUCAUAGAUUACGUCAAUCUGUUCCUACCGCCCAGAAAAAAUCAAAGUCUGAUGAGAAAAAGAAGGGCGUUUCCCAGGAAAACAAUAAGCAACAUAAUCCCAAGAAAAAAUUAAAUGGAAUUGUUGAAGGACAACAUGAUGACUAAUAGCUCUGAUGAGUUUGAGAAUAAUAUCAUGGCUGAUGCUGAGGAAUUUUCUCCCGCUAUUCAACAACAGGGCAGUGGGACUCACAAGGAAUGGAAUGAAGUAUCAAAAUUACCUGCAGACUACAUCAGGAGAGAGGAUAUGGAGAUGAAAGAUGUAGCGAUGAAAUAUGUGUUGCCUUUCCUUCCUGGCAAGUCCUUGAUGAAGUUUCGGGCAGUGUCCAAUGAAUGGAAUCAUUGGAUAGGUUGUCCGUUAUUGGCAUACCAGCAAAGCACUUCAUUCCAGAAACUUUCAGGCUACUUUCAUCAGAUUGUGGAUGUGGAUCUCCAAUCUGAUCCUAACUUUUUGUCUUUGGAUCAUUCUGCGAAUGGAGUCCCCAAUCCUUCCCUGGGUUUCUUGCCUGAAAAGAUUAAAAUUCUCAGUUCUAGCAGCGGGUUGCUCCUUUGCCAGGGGUUAGAGAGUUAUUACGUUUGCAAUCCUCUGACCGAAGAUUGGAAAUGUAUCCCUCCUCAUCAAUAUUAUCACGGAUCUAAUCCAGCUGUCAUUCUUGCGUUUGAUCCUGAGGGUAAUAUUGAAUCAUAUUUUCACCUUGUCGCUGCUUUCCCUCUUCUUGAUCAACCAGUUGUGCUAUUUGAGAUUUACUCGUCUAAAUCAAACUCCUGGAGGCGCUCUUCUUCAGAAUGUCUUGAGUUAGAAGAUACUACUCUUGUUGGUGGGGGAUUAUAUAUGAAGGGGAUGGGGUACUGGAGUACUACAUCAAAUGGUGUGCUAGCAUUUGAUGUGAAAAAUGAGGUUGCAGCAGUUUUACGUGUGCCUAUUCCACCCGGGAGAUAUGGCGCGUUGACUCAGAUAAAGGAUGAGUUAUCUUACGUAACUGUUUACAACGAUUGUGGUGAUGUUUUUAUGUUAGAUAUCUACGGAGGAAUGGACAUGAGCUUGAAUCGCAGUGUGUGCGUAAAUCUUGGACACAAGAAGUCUCGGCGAACAUUGGAGCAAGAUCCAUUUAUUGACAAUGGUAAUGUAUUGUGCAGUGUAUUACCGUGCAUAAACAGUGGUGAUGACAUUGUAGUGAUGUGGACAACUGAAAGGAUAUAUCUUUAUUACCUGAGUGGGCAAAAGGUGGAGACUAUUAUCACUCCUGGACAACUAAAUCCAAAAAGAAGAUUUAUACCGUACACAAACAGUCUCGCUGCGAUACAUGAGCUGAAGAAGUAGUUGUUUUGUUGCUGUCAAGUAGAAUUCUCAUCUUGUUUUGUUUUUAUUUGACCUGGAUUGCAAAUUAUUUGUAAUAGAAAUGUUUUGGAUUGCCAAUGUAGUUUGAACGUUUUCUCCCUUCACUCAUUUUUAGUUUUUA